AUGGCACAAGCAGCACAAGCAACUCCAACGGUCAGAGCCAAUCUAGGCGGCUCGACUAAUACUGUCAACCUACGAGACUGGCUGAAUACCAGACUUAGCCCGUUCCUGAAGCAGGCGAUCAUUAAAUCAUUAGAGUCCGAAGCUGAAUAUCCUCUACAAUGGCUCGGCGAACAGCUGAUUUUGCAGUCUAUCACCUUCGAAGGUAACCCGGACUCGACAAAUAUCAGAGAACGAUUCUUGUAUAAGCACGAGCCGGACGCAAGACAAUCACAAACUGCAGCAUCCUCGACUUCUGACGACACCGCAAAUGCAAAUACUGUCACACAGCCUCCAGAGGCCUCGUCAGUCGAUGUUCAACCCUCUGUCACGGAACAACCACCACCACAAGACACUCGUACAGACGCUCUAGCUGCAAGCACAGUUGCAAGUAACGUAGACCAGAUUGAGCCAGAGAGUACCACAGUCAAUGGUGCUGCUCAAGCAGAAGGCACAGAUUACAGCAAAGACGCAGAGAUGUCAAAUGCGCCCUGA